AUGAAGCAGAAAAAGAAGAAAAAGAGCAACAAAAAGUUUUCAGGAUUUGGGAAAAUCCGUGUCCGGGGACACUUCAAUUAUCGAGAGAUUGUGCUUCGUUUCGAGCGACAGAGCACCUUCCAUGGCAUAUCGCAUGCUGCUCUUGCUUCAAAUACUAAAUGGCGUAUCAUUUGGUAUACUGCAUUUAUUAUUUGCUUUUGCGCUCUCCUUAUCCAAAUCAUUCUGCUUAUACGACGAUAUCGAACUUAUCCCAAAACGGUUGAUCUUGAUCUCAAAUUCGAAAAUGCUCCAUUUCCUUCGAUAACACUAUGCAAUAUAAAUCCUUAUAAAGCAUCGAUGAUUGCUAAGGAAGGACCUACGAAAGCAAUGAUGGAUGCUUUUUCAAUCGCACAAAAUCAUCUAGAAUCAUAUGGUAUUUCUGCUGCAAUUGAGAAUGCUCGAAAAGAAGCUGCAAAAUCGCGACGAACCAGAGCUUCCUUAGUCUCAAAUCGGCGAUAUCACCAGGUCUACGUCCAAUGUCUGUGUGAAAUUAAUUCAGUAACUGGUGAAAGAAAAAAAGGAAGCUGUUUUGCUGCAUAUAAAGGAAAUAUUUCGAUCCAAUUCACUGAUGUUCUGGCACGGUUUUAUCCCAGUAAAUGUAUUUGUCAGUUGGAUUGGGUAUCCAAAACUCUUUGGCCAUGCUUCCCACAUAAUACAUGGAAUGAACGAGUAUGUAAAGUAUGUCUCGAAAAUCUGGGUCACUGCCCGAUGAAAUUUUUCGAAGGGAAAGUCGGUGAGGAACAAACAAAAUAUCCCAGACGGAAGGAAUGUCUGUGCCAUCGCGAAUAUAAUCAUUGUAUUGCAAACAAUGAAUAUGGUUAUAUCCUAGAAAUCAAACAAACAACGGAUAUUUUCGCACUGAAUAUUUCGGAAUUUUUCAGACCGACGAAACCACGUACUAUUACGACCACUGCUGCUACUACUACUACUCAAGCAGCAGAACUUAAAAAGGCUCUAGGAUUUGAGGGGCUGACUGAUGAAAUAGCUAUUAAAGAGCAAGCCAAAGAGAAUUUGAUGUUUGCUGUUGGUGAACUAAAUUAUGAAACAAAAGUAAAAAUGUCGCAACAAAAAGAUGAACUCAUCUUAAAAUGUUCUUUCAAUCAAAAAGAUUGCGACAUUGAAAACGAUUUUAAAUUACAUUAUGACCAAACAUAUGGCAACUGCUACACAUUCAACUGGAAUCGUACCAAACAAGUAACAGCUCACCAGGCCGGUGCUAACUUUGGUCUGCGUGUAUUACUCUAUGCCGAUACAUCCGAAUACUUGCCAACAUCAGAAUCCGUGGGUUUCCGGAUAACUGUUCAUGAUAAGUGGGUGGUACCAUUUCCAGAUGCGUUUGGCUACAAUGCACCAACUGGCUUCCUGUCUUCCUUCGGAGUCCGAAUGAAAAAAUUCAACAGACUUGUCCCGCCACAUGGUCAAUGUUUGGAAGACAACAAAGGCAACCUGGAUACCAUAUAUCCUGGAUUCAAUUAUUCUACUGAGGGAUGUCAUCGAACUUGUACUCAAAAAGAGGUUAAUCGCAUAUGCGGUUGCGCAAAUCCCGCUUAUCCGAUACCUAAUACAGCAACAUCAUGUAAAGUUAGUGAUCACAUUGCUCGGGAAUGCAUUAAAAAUGCUACACUACAUUCCAGUCGUCUAAUUAGCGAAGGGAAUCUAGCCGAUUGUGUGUGCCACCAACCUUGCUCGGAAGUGAACUAUGAAGUUACAUACUCAGCCGCUCGAUGGCCUUCUGGGACAACAAAAGUCAUGGAAUGUGAUGCUGUGGAUGAUCUCUGCAUGGAGCGGUAUCGCAGAAAUGCUGCAAUGGUUCAAGUUUUUUAUGAAGAGUUGAACUAUGAAACACUUACCGAAACACCUGCUUACACUCUUACAAGUGCUUUAGCUGAUUUGGGUGGUCUCACAGGCCUUUGGAUAGGUGCAUCCGUGGUCAGUUUAAUGGAAAUCCUUGCCUUAAUUGUAUAUACAGUGCAAGCAUAUGUUAGAAAGCGGAAAAGCUCUUCUACUGGAAAAUUAUGUCAGCCGAGUGUGUAUCCAAGAUAUGUCAAACGAUCUCUAUCAACAUCAUUUUCAACAGUUUCGUCCAUCAGGACGAAAGUAAUCAGAAUGAGGACACCGUCAGAUAAGCUACAUAUCUCUACACCAUCAUUAAGAAGCCAAAAUGAACAAGAACUGAUGGAAGAUGAGGCCAGCCUAUCACAUAAGAAAUCCAAGUAUCUUCCGCCUGGUGUCGAUUUACCAUGCGAAUGUAUUUAUGAAAACGGGAAGAUCCAAUUAAUGAACGCAUUAUGCCCAGAGCAUGGUUAUAUGGUCAGGAGAAAAGAGAACUCUGGGUUAUAUUUCCAAGUACCUGGAUAUAAUGAAGCCGAUUAUGAAGAGGAAGAUGAAGAUGAUGAAAUGAAUGAAAGUGAUGAGGAAGAAAUUACGGAAGAAAAACAAGAAAACGAAAGUUGGGAACGUAGUAGUGGUGACAAAAAUGACUGA